GAAGUUGGCAAAGAAAAGAAAGGAAACUCUGAGCUCCAGACAGGAAAUGACUCUGAUGGUGAACAACACCCAACACACAACUGUGGUGGACACACACACACUGAACAGCCGCACUGUGUCGUCUCCGUCCUCCUUCACCCUGAAGACAAACACCAUCAGCACCACCGUCCCCAAAUCCUACUACCCAGAUCCUUUCGUACCGACAGCUAUCCUGGUGCCCAUUAAUGAUGACAGUCACACUAUGACCAGUGAAACCAGUAGCCUGGUCCAGUCUCACUAUAAGCAGCGGGAGUCGGAGAGGGAGGCUCUGCCCUACCAGACAGGACAGCUGCAUCCGGCCAUCCGCGUGGCCGACCUGCUGCAACACAUCACCCAGAUGAAAUGUGCCGAGGGUUAUGGCUUCAAGGAGGAGUACGAGAGGGGUGUGGCAGAGAUCAGGGAGAUCCGACAGUUUCAUUUCACUGGUUGGCCUGAUCACGGCGUCCCGCUCCACGCCACCGGACUGCUGGGCUUCAUUCGCUGCGUCAAGGCUAAGACUCCUCCCACUGCUGGCCCCACGGUGGUCCACUGCAGGUCUGAGAUGGUUCUGAGUCAUUCUGAUGUCUCUGCAGCAUUACUUACCUGUGUGGUUCUGACAGGUGUGUGUGUGUGUGUGUGUGUGUGUGUGUGUGUGUGUGAGCAGUACGUCUUCAUCCACGACGCUAUCUUGGAGGCGUGUCUCUGUGGAAACACUGCCAUUCCAGCCAAUCAGCUGCGCUCAGUUUACUAUGAGAUGAACCGAUUGGACCCUCAGACCAACUCAUGUCAGGUCAAAGAGGAGUUCAGGACCCUGAACAUGGUCACGCCCACACUGCGUGUGGAGGACUGCAGCAUCUCUCUGCUGCCACGGAACCAUGAGAAGAACCGCUGCAUGGACGUCCUGCCUCCAGACCGCUGCCUGCCCUUCCUCAUCACCAUCGACGGGGAGAGCUCCAACUACAUCAACGCUGCGCUGAUGGAUGACGGGUACCGCAUGGUCCAACAGUUCCAGUUCCUGGGCUGGCCCAUGUACCGAGACACUCCCGUCUCCAAACGCUCCUUCCUCAAACUCGUCCACCAGGUGGACAAAUGGCAGGAUGAGUACGACGGUGGUGAGGGACGCACUGUUGUACACUGCCUGAAUGGAGGCGGGCGCAGCGGUGUGUUCUGCAGUGUCAGUAUUGUGUGUGAGAUGUUGCGACAGCAGCGCUGCGUUGAUGUGUUUCAUGCAGUGAAGACGCUCAGAAACAACAAACCGAACAUGGUGGACCUGCUGGAACAGUAUAAGUUCUGUUACGAAGUGGCUCUGGAGUUUCUGAACUCUGCCUAGCUUCAGGGAGACGCUCCUUCAUCACCUCCUCCUCCUUCUCAGACUGCAGGAGAGCACGACUACUGACUGGAGGAGGAGAGGAGGAGGAGGAGGAGGAGGAGGAGGAAGAAGGUGGAUUUUUGCACUGCCUUGUUUGACUGAAC